GUACCAAUUACCAAAUAUGCUUUUGGCAUGCAGUUGAAUUGUCAGCCAACUAAAAUUUUGUUAAGUUUGGAAGACUGUAUAGAUAUCUGACCAAAGCAAGAAGAGGUUUACUGAGGGUGUUAAGUGUGCAACCUGAGGAAUAUGGAGACCACCGUGAAAAACAAGCAAGUGAUUCUGAGAAAUUAUGUGAAGGGUAUCCCAAAAGAGUCUGAUCUUAUGAUUGUCACAGCUUCAGACAUUAUGGAAAUCAAGGUUAAGCCCGGAUCAGGGGCAAUUCUGGUGAAGAAUCUUUACUUGUCUUGUGACCCUUACAUUGGGAUUUUCAUGAGAGAACCAACUCCUUCGACUUCAGCACUUUGGGAUGCUUUCGUCCCUGGCAAGCCUAUAGCUGGAUUUGGAGUGUCUAAGGUGAUUACUUCUGAUAAUCCAGGUUUUGCAAAAGGUGAUUUUGUUUGGGGAAUCGUCGACUGGGAGGAGUAUAGUACUAUUAACGCGACUGGUAGUUUUUUCAAAAUCGACAUCAACAUCAAUGUUCCUCUUACAUAUUAUAUCGGAAUCCUCGGUAUGCCAGGUCUGACUGCUUAUGCUGGAUUUUUCGAGAUAUGUUCACCUAAGACAGGAGAAACAAUGUUUGUGUCUGCGGCUUCUGGUGCGGUUGGUCAGCUCGUGGGUCAGUUUGCUAAGUUGAUGGGCUGCUAUGUUGUUGGAAGUGCUGGAAGUAAACAAAAGGUUGAUAUCUUGCUGAACAAAUUUGGUUUCAAUGAUGCAUUCAAUUACAAGGAAGAGCCUGAUCUUGACACCGCCUUAAAGAGGUGUUUCCCAAAAGGCAUUGACAUAUACUUUGAUAACGUGGGAGGCAAAAUGCUUGACGCAGUGCUACUAAACAUGAGAACUUCAGGAAGAAUCUCUGUCUGUGGGAUGAUCUCUCAGUACCAUCUUGAAACCAGAGACUUGGUACAAAAUCUACCGGACAUCAUCUUCAAGAGGAUAAGGAUGCAAGGGUUUGCUACAUAUGACUUCAUCGAUCAAUAUCCCAAGUUUUUGGAGUUUGUGCUUCCCUACAUAAAAGAAGACAAGUUAACUUACGUUGAAGAUAUCGUCGAAGGACUCGAGAACUGUCCUGGUGCUGUUGUUGGACUUUUACAUGGAAAAAACGUUGGUAAGCAAGUUGUAAAAGUUGCUCAAGAGUGACCGAGUUGUAUGUAAAACUAUACCAAUCUGUUAUCUCUGAUUACUUAGCAUCAGCAUUGUGGGCUGUAUGCGGAACUUUUAAAAGUUUGAGCUCUAAUUUGGAAUUGGUAUGAUAUAUAAGGAUAUACUACCAAAUUCACUGUUGCAACA